GCGGAUUGCCUGUCGCCGCUCCACAGCCUCCUGUCCUGCCCUCCUUCCCGCCCACCGGGUGGGCGGGUGCGGUUGUCCCGGCUGCGGGACUAUGGGCGGCGUGCGCUGGGCUUUUCCCUGCGCCGCCUGGAGACCCCGUCGCGAGGAGUGGCUGCUGGCGGCGCGGCUGGUGCAGCCUGAGGAGAAGGAGCGCAUCGGCCGCUUUGUCUAUGCUCGCGAUGCCAAAGCCGCCUUGGCCGGUCGCCUGCUGAUGCGGAAACUAAUUGCAGAAAAGCUGUUCAUACCUUGGAAUGAAAUACACUUGCAAAGGACGUCAAAAGGAAAACCUUUCCUGGCAAACAACAUAUUCAGUGUAUGUUCAAAUUACAACUUCAACGUCUCUCAUCAAGGAGAUUAUGCAGUUCUUGCAGCUGAGCCUGAGCUUCAAGUUGGCAUUGAUAUAAUGAAGACUGAUUUACCAGGUAGUAGCUCAAUUCCAAAUUUCUUUCGUAUCAUGAAACGACAGUUUACUGAGACAGAGUGGCAUGUAAUCAAGUCUAUGAAUAAUGAGUGGAUGCAGCUGGAUAUGUUUCAUCGACACUGGGCCCUAAAAGAAAGCUUCUUAAAGGCUAUUGGAGUUGGGAUUGGUUUUAACUUGCAAAGAAUUGAAUUUAAUGUGUCCCCAUUGCAAAUGGAAAUAGGGAAGGUGUAUAAUGAGACCCAGAUGCUGUUGGAUGGAGAAAAAGAGGAAGAAUGGACUUUUGAGGAAACACGGUUAGAUGACUAUCAUCACGUUGCAGUGGCUCUUGGGAAACAGGAGGGAUUUGGACAGCAACAUACUGAUGUAUCUUCCAUGCAGCCUCAUCAACCACAGUUUACAUUACUGACUUUCGAAGAUUUAGUUGCACCUGGAAUUCCAAUUACAUCUGAGGAUUCUGCAUAUUGGGAUAAUUUUUGUUCUAAACAAGAGAGUCCAAUGAAACACAGUUCAGAUUCAAGAUGAGAAUGCUUAGAAAGAAAGGAUCGUAAGAAUACAUGUAAAUAUGUAAAUAAAACUGUUCUCUCUUAUUUUAUGUAUUUUCCUUUAAGUCUGGUGUUCACCUUUUCAAACUUGACAUUUUUCUGUCAGUAUUUAAGAAGAUGGCGUGCUUCCUCACUGAAGGAAUUCUGAGUGAAAAGUCUAAGCUGACCACAUGGAUUUUUGAUUCUCCAUGCCUUUCGCCUCAUACUUUAGUAAUUACCCUUAGCAGUAACAGGAAGCAGUGCUUCAAUAAUGUUGUCAGUCAGUCAGCAAGAGCUUAACAAGUGGAAGUGUUUCUGUGUUUUAUUUCUGCUGGACUUAUAUUAUUUAAUGUCAACUCUUAUCUUAAAAAAAAUCACAAUUUUAUACUGCACUGAAGUGAAUAAAGGCAGAGGAAUUGGUAAAAGUCCUAUUGCUGCUACUGCAUGGCACAAGUGUUGUACAAGAUUGGAGGUUUAGUUGUGUAAAAACAAACUGAAAAAGUGUGAGUUGUGCUCUUGGAACUAAACCUGCAUAAAAUUAUUUUGAGGUGGAAACUUAGCAUAAAAGUAUUGCAUAUCCUUGUCACUUAAAACCUUAAUUAAAGCUUUUUGUAUCUAAUAGAAGUUUUGAUGUUUUUACUUCCUUUUUGUGUUUUGUUGUUUUUUUGUUUGUUUUUUACAUUGACUAAUAGGUGUUUGCCAUACAGUGGUUAUAUUUCCCAGGCUUGUACUUACAGGUUCACAACCCUAGAAACUAAGUCCUGUGGAGAAAACAAUACAAAAAAUUGCUUGUUUUUCUUCCUUUUUUUUUUUUUUUUUUUUUUUUU